CACAACACAUUCAUGCUGGCAUUACCUGCUUACUGACUGCUGACGUUUUCACGAAACACGUUGUCAAUACUGACUGAUUCAAUUGAGUUAUCAUUUUGUUUUUUUACUUCUCAUUUUCUCCCGAGCAUGAGCUGAUGACACUCUGUGAAAGUGCCAAGUAAUUCACCUGUGAACACCUGUAGGCUGCAAUGGAUCCCCUGCCAGCAGGUCAGACAGUGCACACCUGUAACCAGGAGGCAGACGGUUCAGGAUUGUUAAAGGGAGGAGUUGACACCAGCGCAAACACUUAUGUCCAUGAUUUGUUCCAUGAAGAUGCACAGGGCCUCCAGCAGUCUAGCCAGCCGUGGUGGCGAAUCAAACUGUUUGUGUGGGAGCCGGUGCUCUUCGGUACCUGGGACGGCGUCUUCACCACAUGCAUGAUCAACAUAUUUGGUGUGGUGUUGUUCCUGCGGACAGGUUAUCUGGUGGGGAACACAGGUGUGCCGCUCGGGAUGCUACUGGUCUCUAUGGUUGUGCUGGUUGCUUUAGUAACAGUGAUGUCAGGGAUUGGAGUCAAUGAGCACUGUGGAGUUGGGAGUGGAGGAAUCUACUCCAUGAUCUCCACUGUCCUGGGGGGCAGGGUCGGGGGCACUGUGGGCCUCCUCUAUGUGUUUGGACAGUGUGUAGCUGGGGCCAUGUACAUCACAGGCUUCUCUGAGUCUGUGGCGGAGCUGCUGGGUCUGCAGAGCCAAUGGGCAGUGCGUGGCAUGUCAGCGGCAGUGUUGCUGGCCCUGGUCGGAAUCAACCUGGGCGGUGUCAAGUGGAUUGUGCGACUCCAGCUGCUUCUGCUAGCUGUACUGGCUGUCUCCACGCUGGACUUUGUCAUUGGCACCUUCACACAUCUUGACCCAGAGCACGGUUUCGUUGGUUAUUCAGCUGGUCUGCUCGGCAGCAACGCAAAGCCAGAUUACACCCCAGGAGAAAACUUCUUCACUGUCUUUGGGGUCUUCUUUCCUGCUGCUACAGGGGUUAUGGCAGGCUUCAACAUGAGCUCAGACCUUCAGCGGCCUGAACACAACAUCCCUGUGGGAACACUGGCAGCUGUCUUCACUUCGUGGUUCCUGUAUCUGGUCUUUGUCUUCCUCCUGGGAGCCAUCUGCACCAGAGAAGCACUGCGUUAUGACUUCUUGAUAGCAGAAAAGGUCUCCUUGGUGGGUUUCCUGUUUCUGCUGGGCCUCUACAUCUCCUCCCUCGCUUCCUGCAUGGGCGGCCUGUAUGGAGCACCCAGGAUCCUCCAGUGCAUUGCCCAAGAGAGGGUCAUCCCCGCUCUGUCCUUCCUGGGAAGAGGGAAAGGCCCAAACAAGACUCCAGUGGCAGCAAUCUGCCUGACCAGCCUGCUGACCAUGGCCUUCAUUUUCAUCGGACAGGUCAACGUACUUGCCCCCAUCGUCAGCAUCAACUUCAUGCUCACCUACAGCUUUAUCGACUACUCCUACUUCAGCGUAGCCAUGACCUUCCAGCUACAGACUAAAGAGAAGAAGGGCGCCCUCCUGGCCAGAGGCAACCAGCGAAGGUCCACCAGGCAGAGCUCCAAGCCUCUGAUAGAGACUACUCUCCCAAACUAUGGGAGUGGAGGCGCGAGUCCACAGAGUAAAGGCACUCUGCUGGAGUUCACCAAGGACAUGGAUCAGAUCUUUCCCUCCAUCUCAAAUGGAGAUGCUGGAGCCGAGAAGACCUCCAUCAUGCAAGAGCUCAACAGCAAAUGCAAGAACAGAAAGGUUACAGCAAAGCAGAAGCUGAUGGAUAGCUUCGGCUUGGAUCUGAACAGAAAUGUGUUUUCAGAAGAAAAAGAAGAAGAGAUCAGUUCAGCUCAACCACAAGAGGAAGCUGUGGUGCAAAGUGGAAGUGGGGAACCCAGGACCGGAGAAGAGCCACAGAUAAAAACCUGCCAUGCAGAGCAGGAUCCACCUCUUGGACCUCACAGUCCCAGCACAGGCACUGGAGAGAAAGCAGAGCACCAGAGCGUUGAAAUCAAACCCAUGCCAGAUUCAUGCUAUGCAAAGUUCUGCAACCACUGGGUUGCUCUUAUCGGUGUGUUAAGCUCCAUAUGCAUCAUGUUUGUUAUUCAGUGGGUGUAUGCCUUAGCAAACAUAGUCAUCGCCCUGCUGCUCUUCUUCUACAUCGGGAAAACAAGUCCUGGACUACCUAUAGGUAUUGCAGCUCGAUUCAGCUUUUUCACAUGGCUCAAAUCAACAUUAAGUAGCAUUUGCAGGAGAAAAGGGUCUCCCCACGAUGAGAUUGUAGUGACACCCUCCCUGUCCGGGGUCGGCCUGAAAACCAAGCAGCUGACAGAAGAAAAUGCUGACUUUGCCUCUCGUCACCGCUAUCACCAAUCCUCAUUCAUCAUGACUGACAAAAUGGUGCAACCACCACUCCACUGACUGAUUCAAACACUGCCACCACUGCAGCAUGUGCAAUUGUUCACAUUCUGAAACCAAACAACAUUUUUCUGCCUCGAACAAUUUGUGGUGUCACCCCGAUCGACCACAUUCUGCACACAUUUUCUUUUUAAGAGAGACAUUCAGGGACUCGGAUCGUUUUCCUGUGGUAGUCAGAUGAAAUCUGAGCUAAGCUUUUUCUUGAGUUGCACAAAGUGUGUGUGUGUGUGUGCAUGUGUGUGUUUGUGUGUGCGUGUGAGUGUGUGUGAGAAAGAGAGAUGUUUGGGGACUAAAUGUAACUGUAAUUACAAGUUUAAAAAAAUAACUUAUUUAUAAACCAAUUUAACUUUGAAUGAAGUAUCACAAUCUGUCCUGUUAAAAGUUAUUGUCAUCAGUUAACUGUACUGCUGUGUCACUUCCAAGAGGUCCAGACACCACAGUGCUCAUGUGGCAUAAACAUUGCAUGUGUGACACAAUUUCAUUAAAAUACAUAUGUUAACUUUUGCAUGCUUUUAGUUAAUU